UGAUAUUUGAACCAUUUUGUUGGUCUAAAUAUCCAUCUUCUGCAAUAAUGAUACACCAUUAUACCAUGAUUGUAUAAUAGGAGUAAAAGUUCUCACACAAAUUUAGAUUUGUAGGGUUUUGGCAAAGAUGAGAGAGAGAGUAAGAGCGAGAGAGAGUGCUAGGGUUUUGACAAGGCAUCCGACAACUAGGGACAGUGCUGAUGUUUAUAUUCUGGCAAGGCGAGAUCAGAGAGGGCGUCGUUUUGGGUUUGUAUGCAUGUCAAAGGUCGUAGAUGUGAAGGACAUGGAGAGGAAAUUGGAUCAUAUAUGGCUUGACUCUUAUCAUCUCAAGGUUGUGGCUGGGAAUAAUAAUGCAAUUGUGAAUGGGAUAUCUGUGGCUAAUGAAUUCAACAAGACUGCUGUAGCAAAGAAGAAGGAGGCAACAGAAGAGAUCAGGAAGGAGGGUAUAAAGCCGAAUGACUUAGAAGCGGUGCCAGAGACAAGGCCAUAUGGGUCAUCUUUGCUAGUGCAAUCGGAGGGUAUGGCUGUAAGGAGAUACACUUCGAAAAAUAAGUUAGUUUUACAAUUUUCUCCUAUAGAUGAAGAAGUGGCAUGGUUGAAGUGAAGUUGGGUGGCUCUAGUCCGAUCAUUGGAUAUGGUGAAGCAAAUCCAGAACAUAUUCAAUGUGGAUUGGUUAAUGGUUAGUGUUGCUUUGCUCAAUGGUUGAUAAGUAAUAUUACUCGACAAUUCGGAAAGAUCUCUUGAGGAGUUUAUAAAAUGUAACAGGGAAU